AAAACAAUAACAAUUGCAGUGAUAAAAUUAGUUUAAAUAUGUUUAACUGGUUAACAACUGUGCAAAAUUUAUAGUUUUAACUAUAAGAACACCAACUGACAGUGACCGUAUUCGCGCGGUGGGAAGCAUACUUCAAAGAGAAGCUCGUUGUUUGAUAAAUCCUUUGAGAAGCCCAGCGCCGAAAUGAGAUAUCUGGGCAAUGGAAAAGUGUUAUGGAACUUGACAAAGAACUCCAUCAGUCAUCAGUCGCCCAAUGCGCUUGCCAAUCUGCAUCUGCAUCCCGCCAGCUACAGCAGCAGUAAGAAACCCACCGCGCCACCAACCGAGCGACAGAAACAAAAUCUCUUGACAUACCAUGUCCUACCGCUUGAUGAAACAUUGAAUCGUUUCACCAGCACUGUCGAGCCUCUGCUGACACCUGAAGAAUUUAAGCUUCAGAAGAAAAUCAACGAUGAUUUCAAGCAUAAAGAGGGCGACCAGUUGCAGAUGCUCCUGGAGGAUGUGGGCAAGGCAGAGAAGAAUUGGUUGGCCCCACGCUGGCUUAAGGCCGCCUACUUGCAGUAUCGGUCUCCAGUCACUGUCUACGUUAGCCCUGGAAUGACAUUCCCCAGGCAAAACUUCAAGGAUGCGCAUGCCGUUGUCGACUACACGUCCAAAGUGAUUUUUGGCCUGGGCGAGUUUAACGAUAUUGUGCAUGCGGGCAAGAUACCCGUGGUGAAGAUGGGCAAAAAUGAGCUGGAUAAUGGACAGUUUGGCAAAGUCUUUGGCACGUGCCGCAUCCCAAAGCGCAUUACUGAUGAGCUUGUCUAUAAUCCCCGUUCAAACUAUGUGGUUGUCAUUUACAAGAAUCAUUUCUACAAAAUGCAACUCUACAAUAAGGAAGGAAAGUUGAUUGCCUCGCGAGCGCUGGCCAGCCAACUGGAAGAGAUUGUAGCCAAGGAGACAACAGCUGGAGUGCCGUACGGGAUACUGACCACAGACACGCGAGACAACUGGGCCGAGGCCUACGAGCAUUUGUCGUCAUUGCCGGGAAACAAAGCCACAAUUGACACCAUCCAAGGUGCUUUGUUCACUGUAUCGUUGGAUGAAUGUACAGAUCUUGCGGCAAAUGAAGAGAGCAAUGAACUGAUUCUGGGACUCAUACAUGGCGGUGGCAGUAAGGUGAACAGCGGCAAUCGUUGGAUGGAUAAAACAAUUCAAUUAGUUGUAAAUCCCAAUGGAAAUGUUGGCUUCACCUACGAACACUCUCCAGCUGAGGGCCAGCCCAUAGCCAUGAUGAUGGAUUAUGUGGUUAAAAAGAUGAAGGAGAAUGCAUCUUUUGGCGAAUGCGGUGCCACGGACAACAUCACGCCCGCUGAGAAGCUUUCAUUUUGCCCUGUUAACGAAUGCAUCGAGCAAUGGUUGUUCCUUGCGAAGCGAAACAUCGAUACUCUCGCCUUUCAACUGCAGAUGAAGGUGCUCAAAUUUGAGGGCUAUGGCAAGGGCUUCAUCAAGAAACAGCGACUGGGACCUGACAGCUUCGUGCAGAUGGCAUUACAGCUGGCAUUUUACAAAAUGCACAACGAGCCAGCGGCGCAAUACGAGUCUGCCCAUUUGCGCAUAUUCGAAGGCGGGCGCACGGAAACCAUACGCUCGUGCUCCAAUGAAUCUUUGGCCUUUUGCCGCGCCAUGCAGGAUGACAAAGCCACUGACCAGGAGCGUGUUGAUAAACUCCGUGCGGCGGUUAACAGCCAUCAAACCUAUACGAGAUUAGCUCUACAAGGCAAAGGUGUCGAUCGCCAUCUGCUCGGACUUAAACUGAUGGCUGUGGAGAAUGGCAAACCCGUACCGGAAUUCUUCUCUUCGCCCGGUGUCGUCAAGUCGUCGCACUUUCGCAUGUCCACCUCCCAGGUGGCCACGACCUACGAUGCCUUUAUGGGCUAUGGACCCGCUGUGGACGAUGGCUACGCAUGCUGCUAUAAUCCGCGGGAACAAGACAUUAUCCUGGCCAUAUCUGCCUGGCGCUACUGUCAGGCAACAGACCACUUAAAGUUUGCCAAAACCCUGGAACAGUCUUUUCUGCAAAUGAAAGAUAUUUUAGAGAAAUGCCCAGCACCAGUUCCAGCGAAAACUGAUAAUCCAAAAUCGAAAUUGUAGUGGAAUACUCUUGGAGAUACAUCAAGAUACAACGCUCAAAAUGGAGGAAAUUGUAACUAUAUACAAAGUGCCUUUUCCAGUUAUUGUCUUUUGGACAGAUGUUUAAGCAGAGUCUCCUCUUUGAUACACUUUACUGAUAAUUCAAUUGUUAGAAAUAUUGAAUUAAA